AUGGAUGAGUGCCGCUGUGUAAUCGAUCAACUACUUGAAAAGCCAUUCUCCUUGUAUCAUUUUGCAGAAAAAAAGGAGAUCAUUGAAAAUGGAAGACCAACACCUAUUUUAAAUGAUUUUAAAAAAGAAUCAAAAAAAGUAGUUCGAUAUUUUAAAUUUAGUUGGUAUAGUGAAAAUUCUUGGUUAUGUGGUUGCAUGAAAAAUAGACUGUAUUGUUGGCCGUGUCUUUUGUUUUCUACAGAAAAAAAUGGGUGGACUAGCAGCGGAGUCAACGAUUUAAAUAGUUUUAGAGCUCUAAAGAGGAGACAUGAAAUUUCUCCGUUACAUGUGAGAUGUGUAGCCAAUUUGAUCCAGUUUGGCAAAACAAGAAUAGAAAGUUGUCUUAACCAAGCUUUUAAGGCAAAUAUUGCUAAAUAUAAUGAAAUUGUUAAAAACAAUAGAUAUAUCGUUAGCACACUUAUAGAUGCCGUAUGUUAUUUGGCCAAACAAGAAUUACCGUUUCGGGGUCAUUUUGAAGGGGAUGACUCUGACAAUAGGGGCAAUUACAGGGAAUUGUUAACAUUAAUUGCCAAAAAAGAUCAAAAAUUUUGCCAACAUCUAGAAACGUCAACUGUUUUUUCCGGAGUUUCAAGUGACAUACAAAACGAUAUUAUUGAAGCCAUAUCUACAUUUGUGAUGGAUGAAAUUAAAUCAGAAAUUGCCGGAGCAAGUUUUGUAGCUGUUAUAUUGGAUGAAAGCACCGAUGUUUCAAACCAAUCGCAACUUUCGGUCGUAUUUAGAUAUGUUUGCCCCGACGGUGAUGUUUGUGAAAGAUUUUUGAAAUUUGUCAAUGUUAGUGAUGAGCGUUCAGCGGGACCGUUAUCGGAAAUUUUGUUCAGUGUGUUAAAUGAGUUUAAGUGCGGAAAUAAACUAAUUGCGCAGACUUACGAUGGUGCGGCAGUAAUGAGCGGGCAACACAACGGCCUACAAAAACUGGUUAGAGAUAAAUAUCAAGAUGCAAUUUUUGUUCAUUGUUAUGCCCAUAGACUCAAUUUGGUUUUACAGCAAUCAGUGGAACAUAUUAGAGAGUGCAAAAUUUUUUUUCAAACUUUAUCAGGGCUUGCUGCAUUUUUUUCAAAAUCGUCCAAAAGGGCCGCUGCUUUGGAUAAAUUAGUACAAAAACGUUUACCCAAAGUAGCAUCAACCAGGUGGAUUUAUACUGGUAGACUCGUUGAGGUUGUUUCUUGUAUUCGUUCAGAGCUUCUCGAACUAUUUAAAGAGAUGCAUACUGACACAGCAACAUGGGAUGGAGAGACACGAAUUUGUUCGAAAGGCUUUUACAUUACAUUGCAAGAAUUUGAUUUUAAUUUCUUUUUAAACUUAUUUGAGAUUAUUCUACCAAAAUCAGAAAUUUUGUUUGAUAUUUUACAGAAGACAAUGUAUGACAUUGGAUUUUGCACGAGAAAAGUUAAUGAAUUUCUAGAAUUUUUGCAAUUAGAGCGGAAAAAUUUUGAAAGUCUGUGGUUAAAACAAGAGAAAUUUGUAAAUGACGAUGUAUCCAAACCCAAUAAGAGGCAACGAAUUACAAAUAUUAACAAUGAUAAAGAGACGUCUUAUCGGCGACUUUUUUUUGAAAUUUUUGACACCAUGAUUAUUCAACUUAAAAACAGAUUUUCUGACUUAAAGCAUCUAGAAUGUCUGGCACUAUAUGAUUUUGACAAUUUCAAAAAUUAUGCAAAAAAAUUUCCAGAUAGCGCCUUUCAUCAACUUUUAAAGCUAUAUGGACAAAAAUUUGACACGGUAAAGUUAAAAACAGAAUUGACAGUUCUUUAUAAUGAUCCAGAUUAUGUUCAAAAAAAUUUGCAAGCAUUUUAUCAAUAUUUAAAAUCUUCAGAGCUUGAUAGUGCAUUUCCGGAAGCUUUUAAAUUGGCAAAUUUAUUUUUAACAAUUCCAGCUACAAGCGCCUCUGUUGAAAGAAGUUUUUCAGCAAUGAAGCGGAUUAAGACAUGCCAAAGAAAUACUCAAUUGCAAGAUCGAAUGUCAUCACUUUCUUUAAUUUCCAUUGAGAAACGCUUUUUAAAUGGAUUAAUGGCAAAACCCUCUUUCUACGAUUCUGUUAUUAACAUUUUUGCAAAUAAAGAAAAUCGCCGAAUCGACUUAAAAUAUAAACAAUAG